AGGCUGUUACUAGCCCAAAAUCACUCUGGGGAGUCCAGCCUGCACACUUUCCCUCCAGACCAAGCCUUAACACCACCACUUUCUAGUUGUGUGUCCCUGACCAGGCUGCGGGACCCUCCUGGUGCUCCAUUCUGUCACGUGUAGAGUCCAUCCCUCUGGAACAGGCUGAGCCUGAGGAUGCCUUAGCCACCUUGUGAAAACUGUUAACAUCGGUAACAACAGCCGUCAUAGUAACAACAAUAACUAGAAUUUUUGGGUGCCAGGCACCAUACUCAUUUAAAUCCCCAGAGCCCCCUCAUUUAAUCCCAUGAGACUGCAGCCCUGCAGGAAGGAAUUCCUGGAGGGAGGUGACUGUCACCUCUUCCAGCCCAAGUCCUAUAACUCACUGCAGGUAGGAACAUUUGAUAGGCCAUUUUUUCACGGCAAUCCUGAGGCCCAGAGAAGGAGCUGUCCCCCAAGCCUCAGCCUCGGCCCUCUGCCCUGCUCAGGCUGAAGAGGCUCCUGUUCCAUGUCUGUGCCUGUGGGAGCUGGGCCAGGACUAGGGUAUAGGGCAUGAGGAGGCCAGCAGUGAUUCACAUCAGCUUUCCUUCCCCCUCAGCACUGCAGCCUCCUCCAGUCCCUGACUUUCCAGGGGAUGGGGCAACAAGUCCAUCAUCCUCCAAAUGGCCUGCUGAGCCCUGCCCAGCCCUCCACUGAGGCAGAAAUGGGGGAUGGGGAGGGAAGGCUCCUUCAGGCACUAAUAGUAGUAACAGCAAAGCAACAAUAAUGAUUUUCAUAAUAGCAAAGAAAAGAACAGUCCUUCAUUUCCAGCCCCAGCCCUGGACCCUACAGCUGCCAAGAUGCUGAUGCCUAAGAAGAACCGGAUUGCCAUUUAUGAACUCCUUUUUAAGGAGGGAGUCAUGGUGGCCAAGAAGGAUGUCCACAUGCCUAAGCACCCGGAGCUGGCAGACAAGAAUGUGCCCAACCUUCAUAUCACGAAGGCCAUGCAGUCUCUCAAGUCCCGAGGCUACGUGAAGGAACAGUUUGCCUGGAGACAUUUCUACUGGUACCUUACCAAUGAGGGUAUCCAGUAUCUCCGUGAUUACCUUCAUCUGCCCCCAGAGAUUGUUCCUGCCACCCUACAUCUGCCCCCCGAGAUUGUUCCUGCCACCCUACACCACAGCCGACCAGAGAGUGGCAGGCCUCGGCCUCAAGGUCUGGAGGGUAAGCAACCUGCAAGACUCACAAGAGGGGAAGCCGACAGAGAUACCUACAGACAGUGUUCUGUGCCCCCUGGUGCCGACAAGAAAGCCGAGGCUGGGGCUGGGUCAGCAACCGAAUUCCAGUUUAGCAGCGGAUGUGGUCGUGGACGUGGUCAGCCACCUCAGUAAAAUUGGAGAGGAUUAUUUCACAUUGAAUAAACUUCCAGCCAAAAAAGAAAAGAACAAAUCUCAUCUGAGCACUUUCUUUGUACCAGACACUGUUCUAAGCUCUUUACAAAAUGUUAACUAAUUUAAUCCUCACACCUACCCUGUGAGGGCUACUAUUAUUAUGCCCAUUUUCAGAUGAGAAAACUGAGGCUCCAAGAGGUAAGGCCACUUGCCCAAAAUUACACAGCUGAUUAAUGGUAGAGCCAGGAUUGGAACCCAGGCUCACGUCUGGGGAGGGGAGGUGGAAGAGACAGUGUUUUCAGUGUUGGGCUUUGGCCACUCACCAGAUGUGCCCCCCAAGGAACUCCCGAAGAAUCUACUGCCUCGUCGGCUGGACCCCAGAGGGAGAAACCACCUUAGGAAGCACUCCCUUGUUAUGGUUCUGAGUCUCGGUUUCCUCUGCUGUAAAAUGGGGGCAAUAAUGGCAAUGCUUUCCCAGCAGAAAUAAAGUCUCAUUACUGCUGUGUUUAAACCCUCCUGUGGCUCCCUUACAAUAAAAUCCAAGCUCCCUGCAGUGAGCCGAGAUUGAGCCACUGCACUCCAGCCUGGGCAACAGAGAGAGACUCUGUCUCAAAAAAAAAAAAAAAAAAAAAAAUCCAAGCCCCCCACUUGGCCCUCAGGCCUUCCAGGACUCAGUCCUUAUCCAAAUCUCCCAUCUUAUCUCCAUCCUCUUUCCUGCUCUGGCCACAAAGCCCUCCCUGCUGUUCCUGAACACAAGGUCUUUCCUGCCUCAGGGCUUUUGCACCAGCUGUUCUCUGUCUGGAACCUCUUCCCUCACCCCCUUCAGAUCUCACUUCAAAUGUCAUCUCCUCCAAGAGACCCCCUCAGCAAUUUCACCCAUUUUAUUCCCUUCUGAGCACUCAUUACAUCCUGUCAUUUUAGAUGCUUUUUAUCUAGGAUAGGAAAUAUAACUCGUUUCCUAUCUCUCCCACUGGACCAUGAGCUCCAUCACACCCUUCCAGUUUUCUUCCUUCAGGGACCAAACACAGGAGGAAAUACCACUGAACAACUGGCUGUUCUGGACCUAGGCCACCUCAAAGGCCAAGGCCACUCAUCAAGAGGUAUGUAUUAAAUGUAUAAAGCUUUUUCUUAUAUCAGUAAGAGAGAAGAAAGAAAGGAGAGAAAGUUAAACAUAUCUGUCAAGAAUAACACAAAAGUGAUGUUGUGUCCUUCUUAGUACAUGGUAUCAGGAGGCUUCUUUUUUCUUUUUUUAGAGAUGAGGUCUCAUUGUGUUGCCCAGGUUGGAGUGCACUCCAUAGCUCACUGCAGCCUCAGAUAGAUGGGCUCAAGCAAUCCUGCCACCUCAGCCUCCUGAGUGGCUGGGACUAUAGGUACAUUACCACACCCACUCAUAACAACAGUUUGUCUUAAUCUUAGUGAUCAGCCAAUUCCUUGGUUAAGGCAGUAUCUGCCAAAUUUCUCCACUGUACAAAGGGAAAAUUAUUUUCCCUUUGUAAUUAAUAAAUAUACUGUGAGAAGAAAAAAAAAGCCCAGGGUCCCUAAGCACCAAGCCUGCUCCCCAAACCCUGACCCCCUGCUCCUGACCUUUCCAGACCUGUCCUACUCUUCCUCCAAUUUCAAGUCACCCCCAUUCAAGCUGGGCUCUGACCACUUCUACCCAAGUCCUGUUCUUUCUCCAAAGCCACUAUAUACAAACCUCUGCACACACUGGUUCUGCUGCCUGCAGUGGUCUUUGCCACUUCAUUCCCCUGGCCAUAUCUGUAAGGUAUAGCAUGGACUCCAGAACCCAUUCAAAUCCCAGCUCCACCGAUGAUUAGCUAUGAGACCUUGGAUAAAAUACUCAACUUCUCCGUAUCUCAGUUUCCCUAACUGCAAAACAGGACUCACAACAGUGCCUCCCUCUCUGCAUGAGGUCCAUGCAUGACAAAUGCCACCAAAGUAUGGGCUAUGAUAACUAUUCAACCAAAUAGAUCAUCCAGUGCCCAGCUCCUGAAGGAGGCCUUCAUCAGCCCAGAGUGCUGAUCCACUAUUCUCAGAGGUUACAAAUCUAAGAGAAGCACAGGUAAUGAUUAAGAAUGCAGAGUCAUGGCCGGGUGCGGUGGCUCACGCCUGUAAUCCCAGCAGUUUGGGAGACCGAGGCAGGUGGAUCACAAAGUCAGGAGUUCAAGACCAGAAUGGCCAAGAUGGUGAAACCCUGUCUCUACUAAAAAUACAAAAAUUAGCCCAGCGCCGGGCGCGGUGGCUCACGCUUGUAAUCCCAGCACUUUGGGAGGCCGAGGCGGGCGGAUCACGAGGUCAGGAGAUCGAGACCACGGUGAAACCCCGUCUCUACUAAAAAUACAAAAAAUUAGCCGGGCGUGAUGGCGGGCGCCUGUAGUCCCAGCUACUCGGAGAGGCUGAGGCAGGAGAAUGGCAUGAACCCGGGAGGCGGAGCUUGCCGUGAGCCGAGAUCGCGCCACUGCACUCCAGCCUGGGUGACAGAGCGAGACUCCGUCUCAAAAAAAAAAAAAAAAAAAAAAAAAAUUAGCCCAGCAUGGUGGCGGGGGCCUGUAAUCCCAGCUACUUAGGAGGCUGAAGCAGGAGAAUCACUUGAACCCAGGACACAGAGGUUGCAGUGAGCCGAGAUGGCGCCACUGCACUCCAGCCUGGGCGACAGAGUAAAAUUCUGUCUCAAAAAAAAAAAAAAAAAAAGAAUACAGAGUCACUUGAAUAGACCUUUCUCCAAAAAUAUACAAAUGGCCAAUAGGCACAGGAAAAGAUGCUCAACACCAUUAGUCAUUAGGGAAAUGUAAAUUAAAACCACAAAGAGAUACCACAUCACACCACUGAAGAUGGCCAUUAUCAAGAAUAAAUACAAACAGAAAAUAACAAGUAUUGGUGAAGAUGUUGAGAAAUUAGCACUUUGUGCACUGCUCAUGGACACAUAAAACAGUGCAGUCACUGUGAAACGCAGUAAAGUAGUUCCUCAAAAAAUUAAACAGAAUUACCAUAGGAUCACCCAGCAAUUCCACUUCUGGGUGUAUACCCAAAACAAUUAAAAACAGGAACUCAAACAUAUUUGUACAUCCAUGCUCAAAGCAGCAUUAGUCACAACAGCCAAAAGCAAUCCAAGCGUCCAUCAAGGAAUGAAUGGAUAAACAGAAUGUGGCAUAUACAUAGAAUAUUAGAAUAUUAUUCCACCUUAAAAAGGAAAUUCUAACACAUACAACAACAUGAGUGAAACUUAAAGGCAUUAUGCUAAGUGAAAUAAGCCAGACACAACAAGACAAAUACUGUAUGAUUCCAUUUAUAAUACCUAGAGGUACCCAAAGUAGUCAAAUUCACUCAAACAGAAAGUAGAAUGGUGAUUGCCAGGCACUGGGGGGAGAGGCAAUGGGGAACUGUUUAUUGGGUAUGGAGUUUCAGUUUGGGAAGAUGGAAACAUUCUGAAGAUGGAUGGUGGUGAUGGUUACACAACAGCGUGAAUGUACUUAAUGCCACUGAACUGUAUACUUAAAAGUGGUUAUAAUGGUAAAUUUUAUCUUAUAUACAUUUUAAUUCAUUCACUGCCCCACCCCACCCCACCCCCAAAAAUGUAAAAUUUAGAGCCAGACUCUCUGGGUUCAAAUUCCACCUCUAGGUUAUCUUAUGCAAAUUAUUAAACCUCUCUUGUGCUCAGUUUCCCCUCUGCAAGAUGGAAAUAAGAACAGCAGUAAUUACCUUAUAUCACAGAGUUGAGGGAAUUAAAUGAGUUCAUACUUGUAAAGUACUUAGAACACAGUAAAUGCUCAAGAGGUGUUAGUGAUUUUUAUUCUUUGGUGAGGGGGUGGGAGGUGUGGUUUCCAACGGUUAUAAUUUUCAUGACAUUCUACACC